AUGAUAGUAACCCGUAGUGCAGUGGAGGGUAGUGUGUCAGCAUCUGCAUCCCUAGACUGUCUGGUGGUGGAGCAGGGCUGCAUCCAGGAGCAGUCCUGCAUGGUGCUCUAUCGAUUGCUGGAGUACUGCGCGGCCGAGGAGGCCGUGUCGCCUCUCGGUGCAGAUGCCCGCUUGGAGUGCCUGGAGGCGCAGAACUCCUUGCAGCAUUACCGCCCCCUUCAAGUUUGCAAGUGUCAGCGAGGCUCUCGCAGGGAGGAACACUGCCUCAGGGUCUACUGGACUGUGAGGUUUGCUGCAUAUGAUGAGUAUGAAGUGUCUCCAUAUGAAGAACUGGAGUUAAAUCUGGUGAGAAACAUUGAGAUGUCCCGAAUGGCCUCCAUUAUGUCAGCUUCCUCUCUUUCUAUGGAUGGCCAAAACCAGUGUUUGAAGGCAGCGCAGGACUGUGGCCUGUAUGAGAAAUGUGGCUCCCUGCGGUCAGAAUAUGUUGUAGCCUGCACCAAGCGAGCAACAGCCUCUGACAACAGCUGUAACCGCCAGAAAUGCCACAAAGCCCUGCGGCGCUUCCUGGAGCGCGUGCCAGAGGAGUACAGCUUCGCUCUGCUCUUCUGUCCCUGCUCUGACACUCUGUGUGGGGAGCGCCGGAGGAAAACCAUCGUCCCGUCAUGUUCAUAUGAGGAGAACGGGAGAGGGGAGGAAAGAGUAGGCAAGCCCAACUGCCUCAGCCUGCAGAACUACUGCUCCAGAGACGAGCUGUGUAGAUCCCGGUUCGCUGAUUUCCAACACAACUGCCAGCCCUCCCCUCAGUCUGCCUCUGGCUGUGUGCGAGACAGCAGAGCCAUGUGCCUGAAGGCCUAUGCUGGACUCAUAGGUACCAUCAUGACUCCCAACUAUGUAAGCAACAGCAGCACAGAAGUGUCCCAGUGGUGCACGUGUGACGGCAGCGGGAACGAAUGGCAGGGCUGUCAGCGCAUCCUGCACUUGUUCAACAACAAUAUAUGUCUGCGCAAUGCCAUCAGCUCCAUGGGAAUCUCCGCACCUCCUCCUGUGGAAAACACUCCGGUGCCAGCUUCUCAGCCCUCCCCGCACGUCUACCAGGAGAGGGUCCACGUCAGUGUUAACACUCUCCCUGAAUUCAACAGUAUGGAGGGCAGCGAUGAAGAGGAGCAGGAGGAGGAAGAAAGCGAGGAAUUCAACGUCAUCCCACCGUUUCACGAGAAGGACUCUAACACUGAAUCGGGGGCUAGAGGGAGCAAACGGGGAGCAGCUAGCCGAGCGGUACCCGUCUUCACAUUACUGCUGCUGCCUACACUCAUCCUGGACUGGGAGUGCUGGAGUUUCUGAAGCCUUCGUCUCACUCUCCGCUCAUAUUUUACACUCUUGCUACCACUUUCAAAUCCAUCACAGCACUCACAACGAGCCGCAGAGGACAUUUGCGAGGAAGAAAUGCAUAUCUUUUUUUUAAUUUUUUAAAAAUACGCUGACUUUAUUUAAAAUUUUCAGUUUCCCCUAUCACUGCCUCCUCAAGAGUUAAAAGAUAUCAGUAGUCCUGCAGUAUCUGCCAUGAGUCCUCUCCUAUGAAACGCAGGGAACAACGUGAGCAGAUAUAUGAGUGCACGGGUGAAUUUAGAAAUGCUGUCUGGGCAAAUACUCUAUCUAGAGCCUGCUUCACACUCAAAGUACAUCCCCUCUUUUAACAAGAAGCACAUCGCCCAAGGCCACAUCCACUGUACACACUCAAAAACCAUACCCAGUCUACUCUCCACUGCAACCAGGCCGGAGCGCGGCUUUUGAUUUCUAUUUCAUGACUCAUGUCACAUCCGUUUCUCUGUUGGCCCCUUUGGCUCUUCCUCUCCCUGCUUCAUACUAUGGUUGAGUAAGAUAAUCCACUUUACAACAAGCUAAUAAGAAACUGCACCAUACUUUAAACUGCUUUGUACCAUUGAAAAAGAAAAACUUUUUUUUUUUUUUUUAGAAAUAGCUGCAUUUAAAAAGAGAUAACACCCAAUGUGCUGUCUCAUUAUGUAUGAGACAUCUUAUGCCUUCUUCUCUCUUUGUGCGCCAGAAAGCAGAGUGCAACAGUCGCUCUGCUCUGCUCCUUUUGUUAACACGCCACUUAGUAUUAUUCCAACCAGGGUGAGUGACUGAGAAUUCAACCAUGGGCAAAAGUAAUGAGAUCAAAUUCUAUUGUAGAAAAGGCAAGCAUGAGAAAAGCAACAUGAGCAAUUACAGCACAAUUCAAAUUGCUCAGCAUGCAGGGAAAGUCUGGAGUAAGGCUCAGGGGAGGAAAUAGCCAAUUUACUGCUGUCAUACCCUCUCACUUUUUUCUCAUCCUUAGGAGGUUCGUUUUUAGUGCUCCUUGCCCAUCAUGUGCUUUAGAUGUUGUGAGAGCGGAGAUGCGGAGGAAGGGGAUGGACACACGGGAGGCUGUAAAGCCUGCUGGCUGCUCCGAUCAUUGAGCAGCACAUUGAGCCAUUCUCUCAGCCUGAAAUAGCUUUUGCUGAUGUUAAUGAUUUUUUUUCCCUCUUCUGCCUCAUUUUCUUGUGAAAAUUACGAAGCUGCAGGGAUGUAGGUAAAGAGAAGUAUAUUGAAGUUUUUUUUGGAAAAGGGAUAAACUAAUUUGAGAAUGAGUUUGCAAGAAAUAACCUGUGUGAGCUGUGAAAGGAAAAUGUCUUCUAUUGCCUCAUGUUGUCUAUAUACCAUUAAAUCAUUGUAGUUAUACAUUUCCAAAGACGUAUAACACACAUGAAAAUAAUUCUUGCUGUGUUUGAAUAUCACUUGAGGAGGCAGUAUGGCCCCAUCUCUUUUUUGCCCCCACUGGAUGUGUUUACAUGAUGGUUCAUUGACGUGACUGAACUUUUAAUAAGAACAGACAGUAUAAAGGCAGAAACGCACUGGAAGCAUAUGAGCUACGCUUUUGCAAAUGCAGGUCCAUGACUACUUCAAACUCGGGUUUGAUUUUUAGAGUCAUAGCAGAACUCAAAUGGAUGUUGGAAGGUUAGUGGACCUGUAGUGACUGUUACGCACCUCGGGGCAAAAUGACAUCAUACAGGUUUUAUUGAGAGUUUGGCUACAGGAAGCUAAGAAGUGGAUGAGGAAAGGCCAGUUAACAAAGCUCAGAAGUGUGACUGCAAGGUUAGUGUGUGCAAAGAAUAUAUAUAUUUGGACAGAAUAUUGGAAAUAAAAAUACUUGCAGCACAACUGGCCAGUAUCCACAUAUAUGAAUCAGACGUGUUGCUAAGUAAACAUUACCCAUCAGUGUCACAGUGAAGUGUCAGUGCUGCUGCUUAUUCAUAGAGCAUUGAAUGAGCAUCCAGUGCGCUCUGGCCUUAAAGACUGAAUGUGAGUUUACAUGUAUUUUCACAUUUCAAUAGGUUUGUUUAUAUUUGUAAACUAUGUAAAGUAAACAUUUGCAUUAACAUGGCUUGUAUUUCUAUUAUAUUUUGACGAGUUAAGGAAAGAAAAAAAGCUUGUUCACCAUCCAUAAAUUAAAAUUCUUUAAAAGUCUAGUGUGUAGGCUUUAGGGACAUCUUUUGGAAUAAAUUAAACAUCCAUAACCCUGUUUUCAUUAGUUUGUGAUCAGCUAAGAAUUGUGUUUUUAUUACCUUAGAAUGAGCUGUUUAUAUCUACAUACAGAGCGGGUCCUCUCCCUCAGAGUCCGCCCUGUUGUUCUUACAGUAGCCCAGAACAGACAAAUUAACCACUGUUUCUAGAUAGAGUCAUUCAUGUUUUUGCUUUUUUGUGUCAGCAACUGUAGUUCUCUUACACGCUUUGCACACAGGAGGAAUUUCACUUCUGCAACUCAACCGCUAGAUGCAAUUAAAUCCUACACACUCGACCUUUAAGAAAAUAUGUGAUUAUUCCCCAAAUUAGACUGUUUUUAGAUUGUAUCUUGAAAAUGUACAGUACUAUGUUUCACAUGCAAACCUUCUUUUAAAGACAUAUCAAACAUGCCAAAUAAUUCUGACUGUAAUGUGUAAUAACUGUGUAAUUUUGUGACAUAGCAGAGCAGUGUGCCGAUUUGGUAAAAGAAAAAUAAAAGUCACAUUGGAAAUUC